AUGAAAGAUAAAGUAGUAGUUAUAACUGGUUCAACAAGUGGUAUCGGAUUUGAAAUAGCCAAGCAUUUUGCAAAACGUGGUACAAAAUUAGUUAUUAAUUCAUGUUACGCAGUGAAGGUUGAAAGAAAUUAUUUGAUUAGUCAAAAUAAGUAUGCGACAGCGACUGGAUUAUCAGAAUUACUUUGUGGAGAGUUGAGUCAUGAUCAAAUAACAAGGUUUUUGCACAAAGGAGAAUAUGGUUCUAAUGAAUUAUGGGGUUAUGUUAACAAUGAUGAAGUGCAAAAAAUUUCUACGGAAUUAAAAAAUCUUGGUGCAGCUGACAUAUUUUAUCAAGGAGUAAAUCUUGAAAAGCCGAGUGAAAUAAAAUCUAUGUUUGAAAAUAUAGUAAAAGAAUUCAGAAAAAUAGAUAUAUUAGUGAAUAACGCAGGUAUUCAACAUGUUGCCCCUAUCGAUGAGUUUCCUGAAGAUAAAUGGGAGCAGAUUUUGCGUAUAGAUUUAAUAGCAUCUUUCUAUACUACAAAAUACGCUAAUCCUAUAAUGAAAAAGAAUGGCUUUGGGCGUAUCGUCAAUAUCGCUUCAGCUCACGCAUAUGUUGCAUCUCCUUUUAAAUCGGCAUAUGUGGCAGCAAAACACGGAAUCUUUGGGAUUAACUAA